UUCGUUCGUGAUAGUGGAUCGGCGGUGAGGUUCCGCCUCCACCGCAAGAUGGCAGAUUGCAACAUUAGUGUGUCUGUCCGUGUGCGAGGGCUUAUCAAACGUGAAAUAUCAGAUGAUCUCACAAAGCAUUGGAAGACACAUGAAGAGAAGUCUCUAGUGCAGAUAGAUCCUGCAACAGGAAGUGUGCUUUGUCAGCCAUACAUCUUUGAUAAAGUUUAUGAUGAAGGCUGCACCAAUGCUGAUGUAUACACAGGUACCGUGGAGGAGAUGGUCUACUCGGCCAUGGCCGGCUUCAACACCACCAUAUUUGCCUAUGGGCAGACCUCCUCUGGCAAGACACACACCAUGCUGGGCCACGAGCAAGACCAGGGCACCAUCCCGCGCGUGGUGCACCAGAUGUUCGACUGCGUCGAGCAGACGCCCGACCGCGAGUACCUCAUCCGCGUCAGCUACAUGGAGAUCUACAAGGAGGUGGUAGCCGAUCUCCUGGCGGAGGGUGCUGGAACACCAAAGGGGCUGCGCAUCCACGAGGAUCCGCAGGGACAGGUGUACGUGUCGGAGCUGCGGGAGCUGUGCGUCAACACGCCAGAGAUGCUGCUGGGACUGAUGGGGCGCGGCGAGACGGCGCGCCAUUUCGGCGUCACCAACAUGAACGACCGCAGCUCGCGCAGCCACACCAUCUUCCGCAUCAUCAUCGAGUCCAGAGUCAGGGAUGAGGAGGGUGAGGAGGGCGCUGUGGUUGUCUCGCACCUGAACCUGGUGGACCUGGCCGGCUCGGAGCGCGCCCGGCAGACAGGCGCCACUGGCGAGAGGUUCCGGGAGGGCUGCUCCAUCAACUCGUCGCUGUUCGAGCUCGGCAACGUCAUCAGUAAGCUGAGCGAGGGCGCGCCCUUCAUCAACUACCGCAACAGCAAGCUCACCCGCAUCCUGCAGACGUCGCUCGGGGGCAACGCCAAGACGGCCAUCAUCUGCACGGUGACGCCGGCGGCUGUGGAGGAGACCCACUCCACGCUACGGUUCGCCAGCCGCGCCAAGACCAUCAAGAACAAGCCGCACAUCAACGAGGUGGUGUCCGACUCGGCGCACCUGAAGCGGCUGAAGCGCGAGAUCCACGGGCUGCGCGCGGAGCUGCAGCGCGAGAAGCAGACCAACCGCGCCACCGAGGUGGAGGAGAUGCAGCAGGCGCUGGCCGAGCAGAGCAAGCGUAACACCCAGCUGCAGGACCGGCUGCGCCAGCUGGUCGAGCAGCUGGUGGUGAGCUCGGCGCCCAAGCAGCAGCUGCCGGCCAAGGCGCAGAAGAGCAAGCGGCGGAUGACGUGGUGCGGCCGGCAGCGCGGCCGGCUGAGUCUGGCGCCGUUCCAGCUGCCGCCGCUGCUGCCACCUGUCGAGGAGCAGCCGAAGCUGCCCGACGAUGAUCAGCCGUUCGCGGAGGCGGCCGAGGCGCCGCCGCCGCCGGCCAGCCGCGUCACCUGCCGCAAGCGACGCGCCACGAGCAUGGACGCGGCGCCGCGGCCCUGA